AUGUGGCACCGGGACAGCAGAUAUUCUGUGGAGGACAAUAAAGAGAACAGAGAAUUCACCGUAACUAUCAGGAACCUGAGUGUGGAGGACGCUGGGCUUUACUGGUGCGGGGUGAAACAGGCGAAGGAGAAUUAUCGGCUAGAGGUUAACCUUGAUGUUGUGCAAGAUGUUGUGCAAGAUGUAACCACUGAAAAUGCCACAAUAACCAGACUGAGAAGCACAGAACCACAGGACCAGGAAACCUACAGUAGAGAUGAAUCUGUGGAUCUCGGGCUAUAUCUGGGUGCAGUUCUGCUGCUGUGUGGGAUUAUGAGUGCCGUAUUUGUCAUUAUAAAGUUCAACAAGGCCAAAGAAGCAUCAACACAGCACGGAAAUGACACAGAACCUGAUGUGGAAUGUGGACAAGGUCACUCUGAUGAAAGCACCUAUUUAGCCCCUGCCCAGAGCCCAGAUUGCAUUUAUGCAGCUCCAAAACCGAGCCAAAACCGGACUCAUACUCUUCCAUCCCACUUAAAACCCGCAGCAAGUCAGAGCUUCUCUGGAGAAAACCAAGUUCAACAUCCAGAGGCAGUCGUGUAUUCUGCUAUUCUACGGUCUGGAAACUGUCCACGACCUCAGAGUUGUGCGCCAAUUUUCACAUCAACACGACCCGUUUCCUACCUUGAGCAGAGAUCCCAUGUGCUCAAUCACACGCCUGCUAUUUCACAGGAGUCAUGUGAUGUCUACGCUACAAUCAAGCGACAGUGA